GUGUCUCUAGAGCAAUCUUGAACAGUGCUGGAAAAGCAGUUGAAGAUGAAUGUGCUCAACUAGCCUCAACACCUAACAAGUUGUAUAUCACCACCCAAGCAGGAAGCCUGCCAUGCAAAAAAAUAAUUCAUUUUGUUGCCCAAGAUGACAUCAAGAUGCUAGUCACCCAAGUGCUUCAGGAGUGUGAAUUACAGCAGUGCACCUCUGUCGCCUUCCCAGCGAUUGGAACGGGUGUGGCAGGCCGUGAUCCAACUGUAGUAGCUGAGGAGAUGAUAGAUGCAGUAACUGACUUUGCAAAAAGUAACUCUGCUCCAUCUGUGAAAACUGUUAAAGUAGUCAUCUUUCAGCCACAUCUGCUGAGCGUGUUCCAUAAAAGCAUGCAGAAGAGACAAAGUCCUGCUAAAACAACAGCCAAACUAUUGAUUUCCAAGUUAACAUCAUUAUGGAGCUCCGAGAAACAUUCCCCAGAGGAAAAACCCAAAGCAGUUUUGGAAAAGAAAAUCGACCUGGCUGUUGUGCAGAUUUGUGGUGAAAACAAAACGAAAGUGGAAGAAGCUGAAAACUGGUUGAAAAGUGCAAUUUUAAAGGAACAGUUUCAAACAGAAAUCGAAGAUGAGUCUAUCUUUCACUUCAGUGAAGCGGAGAGUGAGGAACUGCAUAACCUACAGAAGAAACUGAAAAUUGCUCUUCGUUUGGGUAGUGGCAGUAUUCGAAUUUCAGGUGUUGAGAAAGACGUCUGGAUUGCUUAUUCAACUGUUCAAAAAAUGAUCCACAGAGUCAAAGUUGCUAAGCAGGAAGAGAUGAGGGCAGAACUUUUACAGAACUUAAUUGAGUGGAAAUAUUUUGAAAAGGAUUCCUAUGUGCCCUUUGACAGUCUCACAAACAUGUCCUUGGAAAAUGCUUUCAUGGGAAAGAAGAAAAACAUUUCAGUCAUCAUUAAUGAGAAAAACCACAUGGUGAAUAUAGAUAGUAGACGUGCUGUGGAUGACCAAGGGAAUUGUGUAUCCCUUAUACGUGUUGAUAAAUCCGAAGACCAAGAGUCAACAGUGCUCCCUGCAACGUGGGAUGACAUGCAAAACCAGCGGCUCAAAAUAGUGGAGCUAAAACCAGAAACAAGAGAGUAUAAAGAUGUGCAGGAAAGGUUUCUGAGGACCUGUCCAUCGUUAAAAAUUGAAAAGAUCGAAAGGGUACAGAACCCAUUUUUUUGGAAGGCUUACCAAAUAAAAAAGCGUGAAAUGGAUAACAAAAAUGGCAACACAAAUAAUGAGAGGCUUCUGUUUCAUGGGACAAGCUGGGAGUCGUUAACCUUAAUUAACAACCACGGAUUUAACCGGAGCUAUGCUGGAAUGCACGCUGCAAACUUUGGGAAUGGAACGUACUUUGCUGUUAAUGCCAGCUACUCUGCCAGCGACACCUACUCUAAACCAGACGUGAACGGGAAGAAGUACAUGUACUUGGCUCGAGUCCUUGUUGGAGAAUAUUCUCGGGGGACAAGAGGAUCUAUUACCCCAGCAGCGAAAAACGCUAGCAACUCCAUAGAUCUGUUUGAUAGCUCAACUGAUAAUGUGAGGCAGCCAUCCAUGUUUAUCAUAUUUAAUGACAUUCAAGCUUACCCAGAAUACCUUAUCACUUUCACUAGAUAA